AUGCCCAGUUCUUCGACCCAGGAACCUGGGACGCCUGGUACCCAGGAUUCCAACCUGAGGAAACGGCACAGGGGGAUGUCGCUUCGUUCGCAGAUGUUCACCAAACAACUCCUAUCCACAGCCAAAAGGGCGCAGGAGCCCCCCGAAGGCCCUGAGCCUCAUACUGAGGACGAGUCCUCUCCAAUAGAGCUUCAGACUUACACAGAUAGCCCGGCGUCACGGACCACGGACAACCUCACCAUCGACUCCAGCUCCGUAGAGGUGUUGAAACCGGUGUACCAGAAGCCCGGAUUCUUCCUAUCUCUCAAGAACAAGCUUCAAGGUAUCAGCAGCAUUCCCCCAUCGCGCAACGGGCGCCAUAUUCCGCUCGGAGGUAGCACUGAGCUCAUAGACGAAAGAACGGGCCUCCCGUACGUCAACAACAGCAUCACAUCGUCGCGAUACACCCUCGUCACAUUCUUGCCACGGCAGUUGUACGCGCAGUUCCUGAAACUCGCAAACACAUACUUCCUCGUGGUGGCAAUCCUCCAGAUGAUCCCUACGUGGUCGACCACAGGCCAGUACACCACGAUCAUUCCGUUGCUUAUUUUCGUGUCGAUCAGCAUGGGGCGCGAGGCGUGGGACGACUUCAGACGCCACAAGUUAGACCGCCGUGAGAACUUGCGGCUCUGCCGCGUACUUGGCACAACCGCAAUGACAUACUGGAAGGAUGUCAAGGUUGGCGACGUGGUGCAGUUGGGAGAAGACGAAUGGGUCCCGGCGGAUAUCGUACUACUUUCUGCGGAGCUGUACAGUGAUCUAGAGCCCCAGGCGUAUAUUGAGACCAUGGCAUUGGACGGUGAGACGAACCUCAAGGCGCGUCUUCCGCCGCGUGCGUUAGCGCAGAUGCAGCACGUUACUAUGCUCAGAGGCGAGAUUACCGCUGAAGAUCCCAACAUUGAUUUGUACAACUUUGAAGGAAGUUUUAUCAUAAGCCAAGGAGAUGGAAUCGAAAAUACAGAGCCCGGCGCCAGAACGGCCCUGGGAAAUGAAAAUACAGACCUUUGUAUCACUCUGAAGGGCCUGGAGUCCUAUGAAUACGCUCAGCACGCGCUGGGAUCCUUUGACGUUCAAUAUACUCAGGAGUCCUACGAAGGCAGCAAAAGCUCUCUGGGGAUGGAGGACACUGGAUCUAGCGCUCUCAGCCAUGCUUUGGGCCCCGACAACAUUAUCUAUCGAGGAUCGAUCAUCCGAAACACCCGCUCCUGCACUGGUAUUGUCGUCUUCACCGGUGAAGAGACCAAGAUACGCAUGAACUCCAUCAAAAACCCGCGCGUUAAAGCUCCUAAGCUUCAAAAAGCCAUCAACCGCAUCGUUCUCUUUAUGGUGUGCGUGGUGGUGUGCCUCCUGGCCUUCUUCACCAUGGCGCAGCGCUUGGACUACACACGGAACCGUGCCACUACCUGGUACCUCUACAAUGAAGAUGUAGGUGUCGCAGCGAUCCUCAUGGGCUAUAUCAUCAUGUUCAACACGCUCAUCCCGCUCUCGCUCUAUGUCACGACUGAGAUUAUCAAGGUGAUGCAGGUAUUGUUGAUGUGCUGGGACCUCGACAUGUACCACUAUGAGAGCAACACGCCUGCGGAAUCUAAAACUGCGACGAUUUUAGAGGAAUUGGGGCAGGUGAGCUACAUCUUUAGUGAUAAAACCGGAACGUUAACCGAUAACAUCAUGUUAUUCAAGAAGUUCAGUGUAGGGGGCAGGAGCUGGGAACACAACUCCUCCGACCCCUUUGCACCUUCUGACACAGAUCCAUUUACUGCUCCCUCUGAUUCUCGGGAGUUGAUCCGACACCUCCAGACCCACCCUGAAUCCCUUUUUUCGCAGAAAGCAACCCUUUUUCUCCUCUCGCUCGCUCUCUGCAACACGUGUUUGCCGAAACCUGGUCUAGAAGGAGUCUCCUAUCUGGCAUCGUCUCCCGAUGAGCUUGCGUUAGUAAUGGCAGCGAAGGAGAUGGGCUUCGUGGUGUUUGAGCGCCAGCACACCCAGCUUGUGAUCAAGACCUACCCUCACGGCCCCAGUGCUGCGCCCGUACUCGACCGUUACGAGGUAAUGGAUGUGAUCGACUUUACUUCUACGCGCAAGCGCAUGUCUGUGGUGGUAAAGUUCCCUGACGGAAGACUAUGCUUGGUGUGUAAAGGCGCUGAUAAUGUCAUCUUGGAGCGCCUCAAGGUACACGAAAUGGCGGCAAGGAUCUCCCAGACCAUGUUGGAGACCACGACCGCGCGUAAGAACGCAGAGGCAGAGGCGGUGUUGCGAAAGAUGGCAUCACAGGAGCCGCGUACCUCCGUUGCGUCGCUCCGUCAGAGCUUUUCGCUCGCGCGUCACAGCACCGUGCGCGUCUCGAUCGACAGCCCCGUAGUGCAGGACGAGGAACUCGCGGAGAUCAUCCAGGAGUCGCGCAGGUCGCUUCACAUCCAACAAGCGCAGAAAUACCACUUGGCAGAGGAAUCGUAUAUCCCCCCUGACAAUCUUGUUGCGAACGAGGAAUAUGUGAUUGAAAAGACUUUGGAGCACGUGGAAGAGUUUUCCACCGAGGGCUUACGUACGUUAUUGUAUGCGUACCGCUGGCUCGACGAGAGUGAGUACGCGACGUGGGCAACGAAGUAUGCGGCGGCAAAAACGGUUAUUUCGGGACGCGCAGCACAGGUCGCGGCGGUUGGCAGCGUGCUCGAGCGUGACAUGCUGCUCGUGGGUGCGUCCGCGAUUGAAGAUAAGCUCCAACACGGGGUGGCCGCGGCAAUCGAGAAGCUCCGCCGUGCAGGAAUCAAGAUGUGGAUGCUCACAGGGGACAAGCGCGAGACAGCCAUCAAUAUCGGUUACGCAUGCAAGUUGAUCCGUGACUACUCCACAGUCGUGGUGUUGGACAUUGCGGCUGGGAAGGAUGAGUUGCUCCAGCGGAUUUCUGCGACGGAUCUCGCGAUAGGGGGCAUGGCUCAUUGUGUGGUGGUGAUUGACGGUACCACGCUCAUGGAGCUCGAGCGCGACUGUCCUGCGAUGAGCUUGCUUGUGGAGUUGUGUUGUAAGACCGAUGCGGCAGUUGUGUGCCGCGCGUCGCCCGCGCAGAAGGCGCACAUGGUGUCUGCGGUACGAACGUUGAAGCCCGAAAGCGUGACGCUUGCGGUCGGCGAUGGUGCAAACGAUAUUGCGAUGAUCCAGAGCGCGGACAUCGGUGUGGGGAUUACCGGAAAAGAGGGACUUCAGGCCGCGCGUAGCGCGGACUAUGCGGUUGCGCAGUUCCGCUUCUUGCUCAAGCUCUUGCUUGUUCAUGGGCGCUACAACUACGUCCGGACAUCCAAGUUCGUCUUGCUCACAUUCUACAAGGAAUUAUUAUUCUACCUUUCUCAGGGGGUGUACCAGCGGUACACAAUGUAUACUGGGUCGUCGAUGUACGAGAGCUGGUCUCUUUCCAUGUUUAACACUCUCUUCACAUCCCUCUGUGUGAUUUGUGUGGGAAUGUUUGAAAAAGACUUGAAGCCUGCUACGUUGCUUGCAGUUCCAGAGUUGUACAAAACUGGGCGACUCUCGGAAAUUUUCAACCUCCGGGCCUUUGUCAUGUGGAUGCUCGUGGCGGCCAGCCAGAGCUUGCUUCUAACAUUCGUGAGCUAUGAGAUCUGGGGCUUUGGGGCGUUGCGAGACAACUCCACCUUCCCCACGGGUGUGCUUACCUUUACAACUUUGGUGAUUGUGAUCAAUGUCAAGUGCCAGUUGCUUGAAAUGCAUAACCGUACGGUCUACGCGUUCGGCUCGCUUAUCAUCGCCAUUGGUGGAUGGUUCCUCUGGAACUUGAUCAUUGCGGGGCUUUACAAGACAAAAGAGUCGCCGAUUUUCUACGUCGCGUAUGGGCUCAUUGAGGAGUUUGGUCGCGAUUACACUUGGUGGGCCGCAUUGCUUGUGCUAGUGGUGGUGUCCGUCUUGGUAGAUGUAUUGCUCAAGGCAGCCAAGUUCGCCGUGAGCCCCACCCGUGUGGAGAUCUUCCAGGUGUUGGAAAAAGACUAUGAAUCGCGUAAGUUUUUUGAGGAAAACGCGUUCGAGGAGAUGAAGCAGGGCUGGACCUGGCCUCAGGACCAACCGCUCAGCGGCAAGUUGCACGCACGCAUAUUUGGAAAGAAAAUGUUGGUGGUCGGCGAAGAUGCGUAUUCGCGGAAGAGAGCUGGUACGCUGGAACUUCCGCCGCUUAGCCAACUGGGCCAUGACUCGGAUGACUACAACGUGUUGCCCAGCGGAAAGGCGUUUCGCAUCCGCAGUGAUAGCACGUUGGGGGUUAUGCGCAAGAAGUUGCGGUUUAAGGGAGAGGUAGAAGAAGUGGAGAAUGUGGAUGCGAUUAUUGAGCAGCGGUUCCAAAAUUUACAACUGGAAGAGGAAGCCAUUAGGGGAGUAUAG